UCACACAUUGCAGCCUACAGUAGGGAAGUAAAAGGCAGCACUUCCUCCUUUACGCUGUACUCACUCCUUCACUCACAAUAGUGUCACUUCUUCAAGGCUGACAAAGUCCUCCCACCUCAGUUCCCACUUCGGACUCCUUCUGGGCGCUUCUAGCGGGCAGGAAAUACCGGAGUGAGCUUUUUUGUCUUCCCUCUGCGCGACAAUGGCUGGCGUCACUUUUUGGAAGCACGGCGUGUGAAAACUUCCGCGGAGGUACUUUUUUUUUUUUUUUCCCGUUAAAAGUUGAGAUUAAUUUAAGAGGUCAACGAGGAGGACGAGAAGAUGAAAAAACAGUUCAACCGCAUGAGGCAACUUGCCAACCAAACCGUCGGAAGGGCUGAGAAGACAGAGGUGCUGAGUGAUGACCUCCUCCAGAUCGAGAGGCGCAUGGAGCUGGUGCGCUUGAUGUCGCACAACACGCACAAGAAGCUGGCGUUCUGUCUGCAGGGUCAGCCGGGCAUAGACACGGAAAAACGACAUAAAAAGCUGCCAUUGAAUGCACUCUCCCAAGCAAUGCAAGAGGGCGGCACACAGUUGGGCUGCGAGAGUCUGAUUGGCAAGAUGAUGGACGUGUGCGGCGAGGCAGAAGCCAAGUUAGCCACUGAACUGAUGGUGCAUGAAGUGCAGAUCGAGAGAGACAUCCUGGAUCCUCUUAACCAGCUAGCCGAGGUGGAGAUCCCUAACAUAUUAAAACAGAGGAAGCAACUCGCCAAACUGGUCUUGGACUAUGACUCUGCCAAGACAAGGUGGUACCAAGCUACCAAGUCCAGCAACCAGGCCAUGGCCACUAAGGUCGACUCCCUCAAGGACGAGAUGGACGAGGCCCUCAACAAAGUAGAAAUUUGCAAAGACCAGCUAUCGGCGGACAUGUAUAACUUUGCGUCCAAAGAAGGAGAAUAUGUGCGCUAUUAUCCCAUGUUAUUAGAGGCCCAGGCAGACUAUCACAGAAGGUCUCUGGCAGUGCUGGAAGACGUGAUACCGACUAUACAAUUACAGAAAGAUUCCUGGACGGAGAAGCCGGCAUUUGGCACAUCCCUAGAGGAGCACUUGAAGCGGAGUAACCGAGACGUCGCUCUGCCUAUCGAGGCCUGCGUUAUGAUGCUGCUGGAAACAGGGAUGAAGGAAGAGGGUCUGUUCAGAAUAGCAGCCGGAGCGUCAAAACUAAAGAAGCUAAAAGCCGCCCUGGACUGUUCAACUUCCCAGCUUGAAGAGUUCUACUCUGACCCACACGCCGUCGCCGGAGCCCUCAAGUCUUACCUCAGAGAACUUCCCGAACCUCUCAUGACUUUUGGCCUUUAUGACGAGUGGACGCAGGCAUCCAAUGUGUCAGACCCUGACAAGAGACUUCAGGCUCUGUGGGUGACUUGUGACCGUUUGCCAAAGACUCACAAAGCCAACUUCAGGUACCUGGUGAAGUUUCUGGCCAAACUGGCUCAAGACAGUGAUGCCAACAAGAUGACUCCCAGCAACAUCGCCAUCGUCCUGGGGCCCAACCUGCUGUGGGCAAAGGCCGAAGGGACACUGGCGGAAAUAGCUGCUGCUACAUCGGUCCACGCAGUCGCCAUCAUCGAGCCCAUUAUCCAGCACGCCGAUUGGUUCUUUCCUGAAGAGGUGGACUUCAAUGUGUCGGGCAUGUUCGCCAUGCCCACCCACCCGUCGACGCCAGACUCCGAGAGGAAACGCCCCGGCAGUGUGUUGGGGCAGGACGGGGACAACGCUGCUCACCCUUCCCGUAAAGAAAGUACCAUUAACAAACACCCGGAGUCCAGCCCUCGUAGAGCCGGCACCACUAUUAGAAAGCAGCCGCAGCAAACCUCGCCCACCUUCCCACCGGAACACGCCUCAUUUGAGCCCCAACUCCGAGCGGCGACCCCAGAGGUCGAGCAGCCGGGCUCGGACAGUUUUGGUUCAGGUGCUGCUGCUGGCGUCCAGGUAGCCAGCGUGCAACCUCAUUGCGUCACGCAGCUCAGCACAGGGGAGAGCAGCCCAGCCCGUGAACACGCUUCCACCCCCCCUCCACAGAGGAAUGGUUCUGUCCAGCUAGCAGCAGGGACCCCACACUCCCAGGGGGGCUCCAGAGGGGCAAGUCCUCACAUGAGCCGCAGAGGAACCAAAAAACAGGCGCCAGCACCACCCAAACAAACCAGUGCCUUCGCAUCUCAGUCCAGCAACCACACCCCAGGGUCCCCGCACCACCCGCCCAUCACCCCUCGACGGCAGGCUGGCAAAGAGAGCCCCAUCCACGCCCCAAGCCAUCCUCCCCCGCAGCCGCCUCAACCCCAACAGGCUGAGCGGGAGCCCUCGCCGCCUCGGACACCAUCCCCGCCCCGCACGCCACCUCACGGCGGAUCCCCCUCCCACCCGCUGUUCGCCUACAGUACCGGAUCUCUCCCUCGACCCUCUCGGCCCGCGCCCAAACCACGACCCCGGCCUAACAUGCCGCCGCCGCCACAACCUGUGGUAAGCGAUGGCGGCAUCUUUGGCUCCGCCUCCAGGUUCAUCACAGACAGCGGCCUGGUCAUAAAGGGCAUUGGGCGAGCCUGGAACCCAGAGGUGAUGGAGGGCCAACAAGAUGGUCCCCCUGCUCAGAACCAAAAAAAGCCCACCCCUGACCCCAGUCAGCAGCCAGAGAGCACCUGCCUGUGAGCGUCCAUUGAGGUCAGGACAUCAAGACUUCAUGUUGGCUAAUUAAAAAACAAACAAAACAAAAAAAAGGGUCCAGAGGACGUUUUUGUAGAUUCAAUAAGGCUUUGUUGGCAGUCUUAACAGGUUUGAUAGUGUUUUUUAAUUAUUAUUCAUUUAUUUAAAAGGGGCUGUUUUGCAGCAUUUAUACGGAUGCAGAGAGGGCCCCAAUUUCCCAGUGUUGUAAGCAUUAUACCUCACCCUACUUAGGCUUUUAUCACGUAAUGACAACACCCGUACGUAACAUGCACACACAUUGGCUUUGUGUGUGGUCAGCUAAUGACAGCCAUUUAGCUACCAACGCUAGCUAUCAUUUAAUAUAUACACUACCGUUCAAAAGUUUGGGGUCACCCAAACAAUUUUGUGGAAUAGCCUUCAUUUCUAAGAACAAGAAUAGACUGUCGAGUUUCAGAUGAAAGUUCUCUUUUUCUGGCCAUUUUGAGCGUUUAAUUGACCCCACAAAUGUGAUGCUCCAGAAACUCAAUCUGCUCAAAGGAAGGUCAGUUUUGUAGCUUCUGUAACGAGCUAAAGUGUUUUCAGAUGUGUGAACAUGAUUGCACAAGGGUUUUCUAAUCAUCAAUUAGCCUUCUGAGCCAAUGAGCAAACACAUUGUACCAUUAGAACACUGGAGUGAUAGUUGCUGGAAAUGGGCCUCUAUACACCUAUGUAGAUAUUGCACCAAAAAGCAGACAUAUGCAGCUAGAAUAGUCAUUUACCACAUUAGCAAUGUAUAGAGUGUAUUUCUUUAAAGUUAAGACUAGUUUAAAGUUAUCUUCAUUGAAAAGUACAGUGCUUUUCCUUCAAAAAUAAGGACAUUUCAAUGUGACCCCAAACUUUUGAACGGUAGUGUAUAUAUAUUGGAUCAUAACAUGUCUGAAAAUGGUUUGUGGCUUCUCUGGGACUACGGUGGUGUACGUGCGGACAAGAUGGCGGUGAGCGACAUGCAUGAGCGCCAAACAAAUUCCUCAGACCGACGUGCAAUUUUUACCAAUAUAGACAUUAAAUUUAAAAAAUUUAAAAAGUCGAACCACUUAUGGUAACAUAGGCUAACUCAGUGUUUUUCAACCAGUGUGCCGUGGGAAAUUAUGCAACUUCACCUAAUUUAUCCCAAAAAUAUUUUUUGCAUUACAAUCAGCCAAUAAUGUGCCGUUGCUUAUGCUAGGUUCACACCAACGGCACUUUGACGGCGCUUUAAAGCGGCAUGCAAAGCGGCGUUAUAGCGUAACAAAGCGUGAUUAAAGCGUGAGGGUCGUAAUGGAUGGUGGGAAAGCUUGUAGUGAAGCGGGACACGCGGCAAGUUCGCCAAAAUUUUUUAAACAGUUUCAAAAAAUUCUGCGCUCUGUCAAGAAUGGAAUAAAGCGCCGAGAGCGUAUGAAAGCGUGAAAAAGCGUGACAAAGCUCAGCAAAACUUGACUAAAAGCGUAGGAAAGCUUAACAGAUCUUGGUUCAAAGCGCGGACCCCUACAAAUAGGAAGUGACUGUGAUAUUGACUAGUGACAUUGAAACUUUUAUGUUAAACCAACACAGGAUUACAAAUCCAUUCUCUUUUGCAUCAUUGCCUUUUUUAUACGAUGAUCAUUGUUUCUGUACUUCUGUUAGAGUUUGCUGUUUGAUGUUGCAGUUUGACAUUACUGUCUAUCAUUUUUCUGUAUGAAAAUGUUAAUAAUAAAGAGAAUAUGUUACGUUUUAUAAAAGAAAGGCCUUUUAUUAUUUUCAACUAGCAUAAGAAAUGAAAGAUAGAUAUUUAUUAAGAUGACAAAAAUAAAAGAAAUGAAGAUAUAAAACAUAAUAUAACGGGAAAAAAAAGAGAAAUUGAAAAAAUAAAUGAAUAUAAAAAAAGUGUGGAUAAUUGCCUUUUAUUAUUUUCAACUAGCAUAAGAAAUGAAAGAGAUAUUUAUUAAGAUGACAAAAAUAAAAGAAAUUAAGAUAUAAAACAUAAUAUAACGGAAAAAAAACGAGAAAUUGAAAAAAUAAAUUAAUAUAAAAAAUGUGUUGAUAAUUGCCUUUUAUUAUUUUCAACUAGCAUAAGAAAUGAAAGAUAGAUAUUUAUUAAGAUGAAAAAAAUAAAAGAAAUGAAGAUAUAAAACAUAAUAUAACGGAAAAAAAAGAGAAAUUGAAAAAAUAAAUGAAUAUAAAAAAUGUGUGGAAAACAGUAUACUGAGUUUUUCACAUUUUUUUCUUAUUUUUGUUGUAACAAUGCACAACAGAGCUUGAUAAUCAUGUCAGAGCCGGAUUUAAAGCGUCAGGAUCGCAUCAAAGCGUAAUAAAGUUCAAUAAAGCGUAAUAAAACGUAUUAAAGCGUGAUUUAAAGCGUAUCAAAGCGUGAGGAACGGUAACAAAGCGGCAACUAAUUCAUAUCAGAGCGUAUCAAAGCAUAACAUUACUUCAGAGAUCGGGAUAUUCGUGGAAAAAUUGACAAAAAUGACGGCGCUUUGCUCGCCGCUUUAAAGCGCGGCAAGCGCCGUUGGUGUGAACCAGGCAUUAGUGUCUGUGCUGUGUAAAACUCGGCAGGGUAACCACGUAACACUCCAUGGCAGCAGGUAGUUAAUUGCUUUGUAAAAGUCGGAAUGUGUGGGGCGAGACGAGGACGGUUUGUUGUGAUCCCAAUAUGCAGACCACAGCGGGAGGCGGCGUGCAGGUAAAAAGGUGUGUCAUGCUUAAACCCAAAAUGAACGAAAGGGAAAGGAAAAGGCUAUGCAAAACGAAAGUGAAACUGAACUGGCUACAAAGUAAACAGAGACAGAAUGCUGGACGACAGCAAAAACUUACAGCAUCCACAAAGUAGCAUCCGUAUGUGACGUGACAAUCAACAAUGUCCUCACAAAGAAGGAUAGCAACAACAUUAGUAGCCUUGCUUGCUAACACAAAGCAGGUGCGGGGAAUAGCGCUAAACAGGAAGGGCCACCAAAAUAAGAGCGCAAGACAAGAACUAAAGCACUACACACAGGAGGACACCAACAAACUCAAAAUAAGGCACGACGACCUGGUGGAGUUUACAUUUUUUAACCUUUUCUGCUGGUGGUGUGCCUCCGGAUUUUUUUUAAGACAAAAAUGUGCCUUGCCUCAAAAAAGGUUGAAAAACACUGGGCUGACUGGCAGUAUUCUUGUUAUAUUUUUUGGGAUUAAAAAAAAUGUAACGUCGAGCAGGUUGGAAACAGCUCUUUUAACGAUGGCUGACAAUUAAAAUGGAAAGGACCAAAGAAAUAACCAAAGUUCAUAAAACGAUGCUGGUUGGUGUUGACCAAAUCUUUAGGCAAAAGUGCAAUAUUAAGUGCAGUUUGUCUUCUAGAGCAGUGUUUUUCAACCACUGUGCUGUGACACAGUCUGCUGUGCCGUGGGAGAUUAUCUCAUUUCACCUAAUUGGGUUAAAAAUAGUUUUUACAAACCAGGAAUUAUUAUAAUUUGCAAAUAUUGUGCCGUUGUUGAGUGUCGGUGCUGUCUAGAGCAGAGUCACCGCAAUACUUUUCCAUAUCAGUAGGUGGCAGCAGGUAGCUGAUUGCUUUGUUGUCGUGAUCCCAACAUGCAUACGACAGCGGGUCAAACGGUAUCUAAUGCUUAAACCAAAAGUAAACAAAAGGGGAGUGCCACUAAGAAAAGGCAUUGAAGCUUAGGGAAGGCAAUGCACAACGAAACUAAAACUGAACUGGCUGCUAAGUAAACAAACAGAAUGCUGGACGACAGCAAAGACUUACAGCGCAUGGAGCUGAGAAGGCGUCCACAAAGUACAUCCAAACAUGACAUGACAAUCAACAAAGAAUAGCAACAACUUAAAUAGUCUUGAUUGCUAAAACGAAGCAGGUGCGAGGAAUAGCGCUUAAAGCAGACCUGGGCAAAUUAAGGCCCGGGGGCCACAUGCGGCCCGUUAAGCUUUUCAAUCUGGCCCGCCGGACAUUCCUAAAUCAUUUUUUUUUAGAUCUUUAAGAUGGAAAGUGUAGCUGCCAUUAUGAUGUGCAGUCAUGUUUUCUAAUGACCGGAAGUCUUGAACUAUACUAAGUAGAGAUGUCCGAUAAGAUCGGACUGCCGAUAUUAUCGGCCGAUAAAUGCUUUAAAAUGUAAUAUUGGAAAUUAUCGGUAUCGUGUUUUUUAUUAUCGGUAUCGUUUUUUAAUUUCAUUUAUUUUAUUUUUUUACUAAAUCCACAUAAAAAACACAAGAUACACUUACAAUUAGUGCACCAACCCAAAAAACCUCCCUCCCCCAUUUACACUCAUUCACACAAAAGGGUUGUUUCUUUCUGUUAUUAAUAUUCUGCUUCCUACAUUAUAUAUCAAUAUAUAUCAAUACAGUCUGCAAGGGAUACAGUCCGUAAGCACACAUGAUUGUGCGUGCUGCUGGUCCACUAAUAAUACUAACCUUUAACAGUUAGUGUUACUCAUUUUCAUUAAUUACUAGUUUCUAUGUAACUGUUUUUGUAUUGUUUUACUUUCUUUUUUAUUCAAGAAAAUAUUUUUAAUUUAUUUAUCUUAUUAUUAUUAUUUUUUUAAAAGGACCUUAUGUUCACCAUACCUGGUUGUCCAAAUUAGGCAUAAUAAUGUGUUAAUUCCACGACUGUAUAUAUCGGUAUCGGUUGAUAUCGGUAUCAGUAAUUAAAGAGUUGGACAAUAUCGGAAUAUCGGAUAUCGGCAAAAAGCCAUUAUCGGACAUCCCUAAUACUAAGUCUUUCAAUGGUUGGAAUCUGCACUUUUGCAUGAUAUACUAGUUACUAUGGUAUCUAAUUAGUUACUAUAGUAAUGCAAGUCACAGCAGCUCAGACGAGGCACCAAGCAGUGUGGGUGGGGAGUGUUUCCACAGAGUGUUUCCAGAGCCUGAAAUGUGGGUGUCAGGGACGGAUGCGGAAUGAGAUUUUUACAACAAAGUUCUACAGCUUAGUGAUAUAUCACAUAUAUCAGAUAGUAGGUGUUUUUUUUUUACCCUUGGCAAUCAUAUUUUGCUGUGUUUGUACAUGUGGAUGGAGAGGGGGUGUGACGUUCAAAUGUUGUCAAUAUUCAGUGUUUUAUCCUUCAUAGUUAAUAUUGUAAAUCUCACAUACUUUAUUUUCAUGUACAUUCUGGCUGUCUCAUUCAGUAAAAAAACAAUUUAAAAUUCCAUUCUGUUUUUAAGGCGGUCUAUCAUAACGUUUUUAAGGCGGUCUGUCAUGACGUUUUUAAGGCGGUCUAUCAUAACGUUUUUAAGGCGGUCUGUCAUGACGUUUUUAGCUUUCAAUCAGACUUUAUUGUGAGGUAAAUAAUACCGGCCCCCAGACACAUUUUUUUCUCUAAAUUUGGCCCCCCCGAGUCAAAAUAAUUGCCCAGGCCUGGCUUAAAGGAAGACAUGAACAGUACACCUACUUUGAGACAAGAGCUAUAUAUUGAUGCAUGCUUGGUUACGCUUUAAAGUCAUAUCCAACAAUUGCGACAACAACUUUUUACUGUCAAUAUCGGCUGCUGAGUUUAAUUUUUUAAUGUUUUCUGCUGGUGGUGAGCCUCCGGAUUUUUUAAGUGGAAAAAAAUGUGACUUGGCUUAAAAAAGGUUGCAAAACACGGUUCUAGAGCACACAUUAGAGGUUCAGUACAUAUUGUCGUACAAUGACCUCACAUUUUCAACUGAUUUGAGGAUAUCUUAUUAUUAAAAGGUUUUCUAUAUUUAAAAAUAGUAUUUUUGUUAAUGCUGGCAAAUGACCAAUUCUUCUCCAGCUUAAAGCUUUGACCAAAUAUAUUGAAAGCUUUUAUACAGAUUGUUUCUUUACAGCGUUUGUUCUGCUGCACAUAUGACAUAUUCAUGUUGUGAUGCAUCCCUCAAUAAACUUUGUUCCACAUUUUGCAACCUUGU